AUGCAGUCCUUCGUUUCUUCUCUUCUCCUUCCUUUUCUUUGCAUCACUGGCGCGCUUGCUGCCCCCGCCGCCGCGCCGGUCGAGAUCGAGCGGAGAGCUAUCAGCGGCGAUGUCCUGGCCAAGUUGAGCAUGUUUGAGCAGUGGGCCGCUGCGUCGUAUUGCCCAAACAACAACAACAGCCCGAACUCCAAAGUCAUCUGCGAGGCUGGGAACUGCCCGACCGUGCAGGCAGCAGACACGAAGACCGUCAUCGAGUUUCAAAACUCCUUCGCAACCGACGUAACCGGCUUCGUCGCCGUCGACAAGACCAACAAGCUCGUUGUAGUGAGCUUUCGGGGCAGCCAGUCUCUCAAGAACUGGCUCGCCAACCUCAACUUCCCGGCCACGCUCACCGACAUCUGCCCCGGCUGCACCGCGCACACCGGUUUCUGGAGCUCCUGGUUCGAGUCCCGCAAGCGCGUCCUCGCCGCCGUCGAGAGCGCAGCGGACGCGAACCCCGGCUUCCAGCUCGUCGUCACGGGACACAGUCUCGGCGGCGCGAUCGCAAACUUCGCGGCGGCGCAGCUGAGGAACGACGGGUACAAGUGUGACCUGUACACCUACGGCGCCCCCCGCAUCGGCAACGCAGCCAUCAGCGACUACAUUUCCAACCAACCCGGCGGCACCUACCGCGUCACUCACACCAACGACCCGGUGCCGCACCUGGCGCCUAUCGCCUUCGGCUUUGUGCAUAUCAGCCCGGAGUACUACAUCUCGAGCGGGAACAACGUACCCGUGACCGCGAACGAUGUGGCGGUGUAUGAGGGGAACAUCAAUUUUAGGGGUAACACCGGGAAGCUGUUCUUGGACACGGAUGCUCAUGGAUGGUAUUUCAACAAGGUUGGAGAUUGUGGCCCGGAUUUUGAGAUCUCGAAGCGGGAGUUGGAACUGGCGUAUGUUUGA